GAGAGGACCGCGUGUCCGACGGGAAAAUCCAGCAGGAUGUGCUGAGGAACGCAUGCGUUACCGAGGAGGAGAACUUUGUGGCGCCACCGGGAAAUAUUCCGCUCGAGCAGGAACCGAGGAAGUGAGCGGGGGAUGGUUGGUGGGAAGGGGAUUGUGGGCUUCCGGCAGCUGCUGGAAGCUUGUAGGGAUAAUAAAUUUGUAGCGUUAGGUUUGGGGGAUAAUGUUGUGGACGGUUUUAAGCUGAGCCCGAUUGGACGAAUGUUGCGCAAUAAUCUGAGAGAUGAGUUUAGACGAGGGGAAGCUGGAACAGCGGUGUACGAAGGAAGUUCUGGGAUUCCGAUGCGGGAGAACCUGAGCUUUGUAAAGGAAACCUUUGAUCCGAAUGUACCGUUUGGAGUUACAAUAGAGGAGCGAUUUGCGAACGGGAAGGUUCCCUUGAAUGAUUCCUUGACCCUUAAUCUGGACCACGGUCACACGCUCUCCUGCCGAUACCUGAUCAACCCGUCGACCUCCAGCGAGUUCAUGUACAAGGUCCAACGGCAGCGCAAGAUUUGGUGGAUGCGGUACGCGUGCGAUCCGGGCCGGUUCUUCAUUUCGGACCCUCGCCAGGACGCGGACACGCGCGUUCAAUCCGUCGCCAUCAAGAGUCGCCUUGGCGGAGAAGAACUCACGCUGGAACAGCUAGAACUCUUUCCGGCGGACGCCGCCGCCCUCGAUGAAGAGCUGGGGGACUUUCGAAUCAAGUUGGGCCGAACCAGCAGUAAAAGGAUUCGGCCCAGUAUGCUGCGGCUGCGUCAGUGCGUCGAAGUGGCCACGCUGCAGAUCGUGCUGGAUGCGUUUGAAAGUGGCGGCGAUGCAAGCAUGAGGAUUCACCGCAAGCUGGCGCCGUUCAAGUGUGGCAUCGUGUGUCUUUCCGACGACCCCGCCCUGAUGCCGGAGUUGCGCGACCUGGCCAAACACCUGUGCAACGUGCUGCGCAAAGCGAACCUUACCGUGCUCGACUGCUCCGAGCGUAACGGCGGUCGUUCCCUGGCCAAACAGCUGCACCACCUCGACUCGAUUGCCGUCCCGUACUGCCUGCUGCUGCGCGACCAGUGUCUCCAGAAUCUCGGAUUUACCGGAUUUACGCCUUCGGUCCCAGCUGGGUGGCCAUCUUCUCCGACACCUCGGCCUUUGCGUUGACCGACUGGAGGCGCUUCUUUUGCUUGCCGUGAUAUUUCAUAAACAGUCGUUUGUCCUCCUUGGCGGCGUUGUGACUCGCGAGGUACGCCGCAAUCAGCAGGAACUUGGCGUAGAAGGGCAGUUCCAGGGUUUGCGCCAGCCGCUUCAUCGU